AUGAACAAGGAGAAAGAUAAUACCCUGCCUGGCGUGUUCUCACACACUGAGAACACCGCUGCUGAGUCUCACUUCCACGCUGUACCAGAGUCAGGCUGGGUGGUUGGCGGCCAGCAUGCUGAGAAAGUCGCAGACGACACCUCCACAUCCUCCCAGGAAGCCCUCACGCAGGUUUUCGACUUUGACCUUCCUCUAACGCUGGCUCGAAAAACUGUCCAAAAUGACAAGCAGUACAUCGUGCUCGACUUUGCCCCCGGCGACACGGAGAACCCGUUCAACUGGAGCCAGGGCAAGAAGGCGUUCAUCUCGCUGCUCCUCUGCCUCAUGACCCUCUUCAUCGGUCUCGCCACGACAGCCUACAGCUCCGGCAUCUCGCGAAUGUGCGCCGACUUUGGUGUCUCGGAAGAACUGGGCCAGCUGGGUCUGUUCACGUUCAACUUCACCUGCGCUCUGGCGCCUCUCUUCCUUGCUCCCUUCUGCGAGCUGGCCGGUCGACGCGUCGUCUACGUCGGCGCCUACGUCCUCUUCGCAAUCAUGUUCAUCGGACUCUCCCUCGGCAAGAACAUCGCCACCAUCCUCGUCUGCCGCGCGCUGCUGGGUCUCUUCGGUUGCGUGGGCACAAUCCUCGUCGGGGGCACCUUCGGUGACAUGUACCGGCCCGAAGAGCGUGCCAUCCCCAUGGCGGCCUUCUCGUACGUCGCCAUCCUCGGCACCGUCGGCGCGCCCAUCUACGCCGGCUUCAUCGACCAGGCCAUCGGCUGGCGCUGGGUGGAGGGCGUCCAGGGGCUGGCCAACAUCCCGCUGGCGAUCGUCAUCAUCUUCUGCCUCCCCGAGACCCGCGGCAGCGUCAGGCUGGCCAAGCGCGCGAAGCUCAUCCGCACGCAGACCGGCGACGAGCGCUACGUCACGCCCAACGACCUCGAGGCCCCCGACAUCAAGACCAUGCUGCACAACUCGUCCGUCAAGGCCUUCAAGAUGCUCGCCACCGAGCCCGUCGUCUUCUUCUUCGGCCUGUGGAUCAGCUUCGCCUGGUUCCUCACCUUCCUCUUCCUCUCCGUCAUCCCCAUCACCUUCCAGGAGAAGAAGGGAUGGAGCGAGGGCAUGGCCGGCCUGCCGUACAUCUCGCUCUGCAUCGGCACCACCGUCGGCUUCGCCCUGAACUUCCUGCAGAUCCGCAAGUACAACUCGCUGGUGGCCAGCGGCGAUAAUCAGGCGCGGCCCGAGGCCCGCCUGUAUGGCGCCAUGUAUGGCGCCGUGUGGCUGCCCAUCGGCCUGUUCAUCUACAGCUUCACGCAGUACGCCUUCAUCCACUGGAUCGCCCCGGUCAUCGCGCUGGUCUUCAUCACCGUCGGCAUCUUCUUCAUCUUCGAGUCGUGCUACAGCUUCACCUCCGACUGCUACGGCGAGAACUCGUCGUCGGCCAUCGCUGGCCAGGGAUUCAUGCGGAAUACGCUCGGUGCGGUGUCGCCGCUGUUCGCGUCGCAGUUCUUCCACAACAUGGGCAGCCAGUGGGCGGGUCUGCUGCUGGCGCUGAUCGCGACCAUCCUCACCUUUAUCCCGUACGUGCUGUUUGUGUAUGGCCCUCAGCUGCGGAAGCGCUCCAAGCUGGCCUCGCAUAUUACGGGCGCGUCGUGA